AUGACGGAAAUGGACAUUCUUCUAGACAUGAAUUCUAUCGAAAUGAAGCAAAAACAGCCUUUCCUUGGAGUUAUGCGUUUUUCAGCCUUUCCUUGGAGUUAUACGUUCUUCGGCCUUUCCUCAGUAGCAAGAAUUACUGCACAUUGGUUGGUUUCUGGCUAUGGAAUAUGCGGUAAAGUUCAAGUCCAGCUCGAGCCAGCUCUUGAAUACGAAACCGGACUUUAG